UCUCUGUACUUUCAACGUGUCAAUAACACUUUCUUGUGGUUUGAUCUUUACCAGCGCGAACUUUAAUCCCAUCAUUCUUGGCUGAUCGUUUAACAGAAAUAUUCAGUAUCUUAAUCUGAACUGUUAAUCUUUUGCACAGUUCUAUGGGAUCUGGGGUUGUUAGUAUAAUUUGCUUGCUGUCAGUAACGUCAAAUAGUAUAAGUGUUGAGGAAUAAAUGCACUUUACAUGUACUCGAAGUCUUUACUCUAAGAAAGGCAUGGAUUUUGCAGGAGAAAGAAAUGCGUUCGCAUGGCUGCUGCUCUAGUUCUAGUUUUUUUUAUACACAAGACCCAACGCUCCAUCUCUUGUAGAUUACGAGCGAGCGACAGCUCAUUCGUCUGAACAGUCAAAACACUUUUAUUGAUGUAGUUUGGAGAAAUGUCCUGUCCAUAGAUCUAACGGCUCGUCGUUUAAUGCUUUUCGGGAUACCAAAUUAACAGCAACUAAAAAGCCCAUAUCAUGGAAGCUCAAAGAACUUGCAAACCUUUUAGCCCAAGUUCAAAGCACAGUGGAUUCAAAGAUCAUUUCAGCUUUGAUUUUUAAUUCAUGGGGAGGCUUAAUGAGCCCAUAAUGGAUUAUAAAAUAGCUACUUAAGUUUAGGUGUCAACGUUUGAAAAAUAAAAACCCCUAAUAUAAUCACGCUUGUAGGCGAUCCCGACCCCCGAUUCUCCAAUCCCUUGCUCUUUGAUCAGCAGAAGCAGAGAGUAGGGUUUAUACAAUUCCAAUUCUUCCUAUUUAUCAAAAUCGAUUCAAUUCAAUCAUCUUAUAAUUCAAUUUUCGGUUAUCGAUACUUAGUAGUAACAGAAAUAAGCGUAACGAAGAAGAAAAGAUGGGUGCGCAGAGAAAAGGCGGAACUAGGGUUGCAGAGGACCCAGAGGAGUUAGCUCGACAUCCUUUGCAAGCCAUUCUAUUAGCAGAUAGCUUCACCACCAAGUUCCGUCCCAUCACUCUUGAACGCCCAAAAGUUUUAUUGCCGCUGGUAAAUGUGCCUAUGAUUGACUACACUUUAGCAUGGCUGGAAUCUGCUGGAGUUGAAGACGUUUUCGUUUUCUGUUGCGCUCAUUCUCGGCAAGUGAUUGAUUAUUUGAAGGUUUCCGAAUGGUUUUCGCAGCCUAAUUUCACUGUUACAACUAUUGAGUCUCAUAAUUCUAUUAGUGCUGGAGAUGCUUUGCGUUUAAUUUAUGAACGCAAUGUGAUACAUGGAGAUUUUAUCCUUGUUAGUGGGGAUACAGUAAGCAACAUGUCACUCACACAGGCUAUCCAAGAACAUAAAGAGAGAAGGAAAAAAGACAGUAAUGCAGUAAUGACUAUGGUUAUUAAACAGUCAAAGCCUUCUCUAAUUAGCCACCAGUCACGGCUUGGUACUGAUGAACUAUUUAUGGCUAUUGAUCCUGAAACGAAGCAGCUUCUAUACUAUGAGGAUAAGUCUGACCACUUGAAGGGGGUCAUACCUAUUGACAACAUGUUGCUUGCUGACAAUCCUUCUAUUUCUCUACAUAAUGACAAGCAGGAUUGCUAUAUUGAUAUAUGUUCUCCAGAAGUUCUGAGUCUCUUCACUGACAAUUUUGACUAUCAACACCUGCGCCGUCAUUUUGUAAAGGGAUUGUUGGUUGAUGAUAUUAUGGGUUACAAAAUAUUCACUUACGAGAUUCACUCAAGCUAUGCGGCUAGGAUUGAUAACUACCGAAGCUAUGACACUGUCAGUAAGGACAUCAUUCAGAGGUGGACAUACCCAUUUGUGCCAGAUGUGAACUUUUUUGGAAAUUGUGCAACUAAGCUUGAUAGACAAGGGAUGUACCGCGCAACAGAAAUAGAACAAUCACGUUCUGCACAAAUUGGUCCUUUUACUGUUGUUGGAAAAGGAACCAGAAUUGGGAACAACUCAAAAAUUUCAAAUUCUGUUAUUGGAAAAGGCUGCAAAAUCGGAUCAAAUAUUUCAAUAGUAGGUUCCUAUAUAUGGAAUGAUGUCACUAUUGAAGAUGGCUGUCAACUAAGGCAUGCAAUUGUAUGUGAUGGGGUGGUAAUUAAGUCAGGUGCAGUUUUGGAACCUGGUGUGGUAUUGUCUUUCAAGGUUGUUAUUGGACAGCAAUUUGUUGUCCCUGCCUACUCAAAAGUGUCUUUGCUUCAACAGCCAACUAUGCAAGACAGUGAUGAAGAAUUGGAGUAUGCUGAUAAUAACAGUGGAACAAUAGAUUCAUUUACAGGUACUGGGGAUAUUCUGAACAAGGAGAUGACAUCUGAAUUAUCUGGGACUCAACAUUGGCCAGCAUCAGAGUCUCAUCAGCUUGGGCCUGGUGGUGCUGGUUAUGUUUGGUCAAUCUCUGAAGGAGUUCAUGAGGAUGAAUGGAGGCAUUCAGUUGCACCCAUUCCUGCUGAGAAACUUGCUGAGGCCAUGCAAGCUGUAGAAGAUGAUUGGGAAUUGUUGAAUCUAGAUAGCAGUGCUCUAUCACCUUCCGGAGAGUUGAAACCUGGCUCUCAGAGUGAUGAUUCUGAAGAUGAUGAAGGUUCUAGAGAUGACACCUUUGAGAAAGAGGUUGAAGCAACAUUUUUGAGGGCUGUUCAUGAAAAUAUCAAAGUUGGAGACAUAAUCCUUGAGAUGAACUCACUCCGGUUGUCGUACAACAUGACAUCUGCAGACUGUGCUGGAGCGAUAUUUUAUGCAAUGAUGAAAUUGGCAGUAGAAACUUCAUAUACUUCAGCUGCUGAAUUGUGCAAAAAUGUUGUCGACAUUCUAAAUACAUGGCAAAAGCUGCUAAAGUUCUAUGCAAAAGAAAUAGAUGACCAGAUUGAAGUGAUACUGAAAUUUGAAGAAAUGUGUCUAGAGUCUGCCAAGGAGUUUUCUCCCACUUUUUCCCAGAUUUUGCCUAUUUUAUACGAGAAAGAUAUUCUUGAAGAGGAUGCCAUAUUGAGAUGGGCUGAUGAGAAAAAAGAUGCCGAGGAAUCAGAUAAAGUUUUUGUCAAGCAAUCAGAAGCAUUCAUUCAGCGGAGGCAGACCCAUAUGCUAUUUGCCGAACUAGCCUUUACCUUAUUAAUGACGAUGAGCAAGGAAGGAUUAUUUUCCUUCUUCUUUUUAAACCCUAAAUCUAAUUGGUUGAAGGAGGCAUCCGAAGAAGAAGACUAAGAUGGAAAAGAAAGUGAUUUAACUAACAGAGAUUGUAAAGAACAAUAACUACUCUGGCAGAUUGAUGCAUCAUGUUUUGUGUGGGUUGCUCGUUGAAUUAAGGGCCCCUUUGAGUUGUGAUGCUUAACUUCCCAUUUUGUUAAUUAAGCAAUCUAGUUCUGUCCAUUAGCCUGUUGUUUUCUCACCACCUGUUGGAAAAAGUUUUGCUAUUGGUUCGCACCAAUCUUCGCAUUUCAAAAAGCUGGGGGCACACUCAUUACUCAAGUUCCUCUGUAUUUUAAUCUCUUUGAUGCCACUCUGUGCAAGCAAGAAGUGUUCUGUGCAUCAGAGAGUCCCAUUGUGAACUCGGUAUUAUUAUAAAGGCUGACAUUUUUGAAUUGUAUGCAAGUAAUGUUCUUUUAAUGGUUUUUGCUAUUGCAGUAAGCAUUCUUUUCCAACCA